CUCUCCGGCCAUGGCCGCCGCCUCUGCGCAGCAGCAGCCGCAGUCCGACGCGCAGGCCGAGCAGCGCACGCUCGUCGAGUUCGCCUGCAAGGCGGCAGAGACGUUCGUCGCCGCCUACUACGCCGCCGCCGAUGCGCCGGGGCGCGGCAGUCUCAUCCCGACGCUCUAUCUCCCCGACUCGACGAUCGUCUGGAACGGCACGCCCGUCAGUGGCCGCGCGGGCAUGGCGCAGCUCUUGGCCGUCAUGCCGGGCUCGAAGCAUGAACUGCAGGCGUUUGACGCGCACCCGCUCGGCGGCCACGCGCGCAAUGGAGGCAAGCAAGCGCCCUCGAUGCUGCUCACAGUCAACGGCAUCGUGACGCACCACACGCCGGGCAGUAGUAGCGUCGUCAGCGGCGCCUCUGCGCCUUCAUCCAACGCGCCGCGUUCGGCCAAGGAGGCGCACGCCGAGCAGGUGCCGUAUGAAGCGCUGCCGCGUGCAUUCAGCCAGAGCUUCGUCCUCAUCAGCGACCUGCAGCGCGACGGCGGCAUCGCGGCCGUCGAGGCAGACAUGCACGCGCGCUACUUUGUGCAGGCGGAUCAGUUCCGCUUCGUCGGCUAAGAGUGGGGGAGAGAGAGAGAGAGAGAGAAGGGGGG